GGAAGACAGGAAAAUCAACGAAGUUGGGAAAUAUUGAAUCAGGUUCCCACGCCAAGGUCGGUGACAUCGGCCUGGGCCUAUCUACGUUCCAUUACCAGCUUAUACCUCACAGAUCUCAGAUCUGGAUCCCAAUAGCAGAGAAACUAACUUCGCGAGUCAACUUAAAGCACCCGGAUUCGCUGUAUAUUCUAUAGUUCUAUAACUCUUACCCAUCAUGGCUCCUCACGACGAUCUAGGUAUUCUACCGCCUGCCCUCAAGCCGGGCGAUACAAUCGCUCUCCUUUCCCCUUCCUCCCGCCUCAAUGACAUCUUUCCUCUUAGAUUAUUGCGCGCCACUACCGCUCUAGAGUCCCUAGGCUUCGCCGUCAAAACAAUCUACACCCCAAUCUCAUCAGCGGCCUCUCAUCACCAACAAAUCCAGCACCGAGUCGCAGAAUUGCACUCCGCCUUCUCUAAUCCUCAAGUGACAGCAAUAAUGUGUACCAUAGGCGGGCUCUCAUGCAACGAAUUAUUGCCGUUUAUUGAUUGGGAAUUAAUUGGAAAGAACCCGAAGAUCUUCGUCGGAUACUCUGAUAUCACAUUACUGCAUCUAGCGAUUGCUAAAAUGACCGGUCUGCGAACGUUCUACGGGCCCGCAGCAAUCACCCAAUUCGGAGAAUUCCCUAAACCGUUAGAUUUUACAGUCCGGCAUUUCUUGCAUGUCUUGAUGCCUAGGAUUGAGAAUAAAGUCGGGAAUAUGCCAACAAGCUCCCACUUCACCGACGAAUUCGGCGACUGGGGAAACGAAUCUUCAAGCCCGAAAGCUCGCACCCUACAAUCAAACACCGGCUGGAAAUGGUUGAGGAAAGGGAAAUCUGAAGGAAGAAUGACGGGUGGUUGUCUACCGAGUUUGCUGCAAUUGGCUGGGACGAAGUGCUGGCCUGAGAUGGAGGGGAAGAUUCUUCUGUUGGAGAAUCCCGAAGGGGAGAGACCGGAUGGACCGUUGCCGAUGGAAAAGACGAGGUCGUUGAUGGGGGAUUUGGGGAAUUUGGGUGUGUUUGAGCAGAUUGUUGGAUUGGUGAUUGGGAGACCGACUGGGUAUGCUGGAGAGGAGUUGAGACGUUAUGAGAAGAUGGUGCUUGAUAUGUGUUCUGGUAUGGCGCUGGAGGGUGUGAAGAAGGGGGAGGAAAGGGGAUUUCCGGUUUUGGCAGGCGUCGAUGUUGGGCAUACGGAUCCGUUGUUGACGGUUCCGUUAGGGGCGUUGAUGAGGUUGGAUUCUGGGCGGAAUUUGUGGGAGAUUUUGGAGCCUGGAGUGAUGUAAUGAGGAGUGAUGAAUUUGUGUGAGGGUUUAGGAUUUGAUGGCUCCAGUCCCUCUCAUACGGCCGUCCUAUUUUGAUAUCAGCUGAGCGCCUUUCUGCAG